CCUGAUGAUUCUACUACUGCAGAAAAUAUAACUACUGAACAAAGCAUUACUACUGUAACUCCAGAGGAUAUCACUACUAUAACAACAUUUCCUAACAAUACCACUUCAUCUAAUACUUCUAAUUUGAUACCACAACACAAGAUACAGUUCCAACCACUGACCCGGAAACACCAGAUUAUCCAGAAACUCCUCCCACUAGUGCCAGUCCUGUUCUUACAACCACAGAUUUUACCAGGCCUGAUACGACUGUUAGUCAGAUAACUGAUACUACCUCCAACCCCAUGACUGAUCAAAUGAAUACUACUCACUAUUCUCCUAUUACUACUAUUACAAGUGAUACUAAUACAACUACUCCUUACACAAACACUACUGCUACUUUCUACCCAACUACUGGUGCAAAUAUUACUACUUACAGUACUCCUACUACAAUUGAUACUAAUGCUACGAGCCCAUACACUAACAGUACUUUACCUCCUAAUCCUACAACAAUUCCUUCAGCAAACACCACUCAUUAUAAUUCAACUACUAUGCCUAUUACUACUGCUAAUACUACUACCACCACUAUAUCCCCAACUACGGUUACUCCUCCUACCACCACUGCUCUGAUAUGUGAUAACGGAGGGAAACCAGAGAACGGUGUCUGCAUCUGUCCUGAUGAAUGGACUGGAGUAACAUGCUCAGAAGAGAACUUCUGCAAAGAGCAGCAGCUAGGAGGCUUCAGGUUCCCUCGUACACCCAUCGGCUGGUUUGCGUAUUCUGAGGAAAAAUGUGAAGAAGGAACGAGUGGUGCUGGUAAAUCUAACCUUAUAAGUCCAGCUGAUUUAGAGACACUGGCGACCAGCACUCAGAUUCUGACAUCCAAAGCAGAAGAGCUGACGGCUGAAAAUGUUACAGCAGCGGUUGAGAUACUCAACACACUGCUGCUGUCUGCAAACGCCACAGAGAGUGUCAGAGUGUCAGCAGUAGCAACAGUCAGUCAGCUGCUGAAUGCCACUGUACCAGAUGAUACCAAGGAAAACAACGCAACUCUGGGGUAA